AAAACUAUGUUGUACCAACCUCCGAGAUCAUUGCCGUAGAAGAAACUGAACUUAACAAGAAACAUCUUCAUGUUGGCAAAUGGCAAAAAAUGGCAAAGCUACAUGCUUUCACAGUGUAUUAUGUGAAGAAAGCCCGAAAUCACCGCUGGCGGUGCAGUGAUGUGAUGUUUUGGUGUGUUGAUGAGCACUUAUGUGAUCAGUGGAUACAGGCGCUGAAAGCAUUACUUGAAAAGCAGAAGUCUAGACCAAAGCAGUUGCUUGUGUAUAUUAAUCCAUAUGGAGGAAGACGACAAGGCAAGAGGAUUUACGAACAGAAAGUUGCUCCACUCUUCAGUCUGGCUUCUAUCUCCACCGACGUUGUUAUUACUGAACGUGCUAACCAUGCUAAAGACAAUUUAUUUGAAGUUAAUAUUAAUAAAUAUGAUGGUGUUGUUUGUGUUGGUGGGGACGGCAUGUUCAGUGAAGUGAUGCAUGGUCUCAUUGGAAGAAUGCAGAAGGACUCUGGCAUAGACCAAAAUAAUCCCAAAGCACCAUUAGUCCAGUGCAAUAUAAGGAUUGGCAUACUUCCUGCUGGAUCAACAGAUUGCAUAUGCUAUUCAACUGUUGGCAUUUGUGAUCCAGUAACAUCAGCUCUUCAUAUUAUUGUAGGUGACUGUCAGCCUCUGGAUGUCUCUUCUGUACAUCAUAACAACACAUUUUUAAAGUACUCUGUGUCAUUGCUGGGUUAUGGUUUUUAUGGAGAUAUAUUAAAAGAUAGUGAAAAGAAGCGGUGGAUGGGUCCGAUGAGAUAUGACUACUCAGGCUUCAAGACUUUUCUUUCUCAUCAUUACUAUGAAGGAACAAUUUCUUUUCAACCAGCAAAACACGCAGUGGGAUCUCCAAGAGAUAAAGAUAGCUGCAGAACAGGAUGUUACAUUUGCAAGAAAAGUGAGCAACGUCUGGCAGAACAGCACAAGGAAUGUGGAUUAAAACACGAAGAAGAUGAAGAAUGGAAGGUUAUUAAAGGGAAAUUUCUAGCCAUCAAUGCAGCAAAUAUGAGGUGUGCCUGUCCACGAAGUCCAAAAGGUCUUUCACCAGCAGCUCAUUUGGCGGAUGGUUCAGCUGACCUCAUUGUAGUUCGUAAAUGUUCCAGGUUCGGUUUUCUGCGGUAUCUUGUCAGACAUAAAAACCAAGAUGAUCAGUUUGACUUCUCAUUUGUAGAUGUUUAUCGAGUGAAGAGCUUUCAAUUUACAUCAAAGCUUUCAGAAGACAAUGAAAGCAAUGUCAUGGACAUAGGAAAGAAACGUUUUGGCCAUUUCUGCAGAGAUGAUCCAGCCUGUUGCUGUCAUAUUGCUAAUAGCACCUGGAAUUGUGAUGGAGAAACUGUGGACAGUUCAGCAAUUGAAGUGAAGGUUCACUGCCAGUUAAUGAAACUAUUUGCAAGGGGAAUCGAGGAAAACUGUACAGAUGAAGCUGCCUCCAGCCACAGUAGCAUUGAACAAUCACUAUAGACAUUGUUCCUCCAAUGAGGAGAAGAAAAAAUAAAAGCUCAAGGAAAUUGAGUAAAUAUGCGUUUUAGUCAAAUUGACAAGUAUUUUAAAAUUUUAGAUUAUUUUUUUUUAGGGCUUCAAUGUAAUU